AAACGAAGGCAUGCCUUCGGCUUCCCGAGGACAGGAGAGGAUAACGGCUUCUUUAAUGAUGCAAGGACUGGACAACAGCACCUUCCAUUCCAGCAUCCCAGUGGCUGCUGACAUUACAGUGGGUGUGGUUUACACCCUGUUUGGUGUUUGUUCGCUCUGUGGCAACAGUUUACUGCUUUAUGUGUCCUACAAGAAGAAGCACCUCUUAAAACCAGCAGAGUUCUUCAUUAUUAACCUGGCAAUCAGUGACCUGGGCAUGACCCUCAGCCUCUACCCCCUUGCCGUCACCUCUAGCCUCGCCCACAGGUGGCUGUAUGGAAGGACCGUGUGUGUAAUCUAUGCCUUCUGUGGUGUUUUAUUCGGGAUCUGCUCACUGACCACACUCACUAUACUCAGCAUUGUUUGUUGUCUAAAAGUCUGCUAUCCACUUCAUGGUAAAAGAUUCAGCUAUGAACACGGUCGUGUGUUAAUAGCAUGUGCGUGGGCAUAUGCUCUCGUGUUCGCAUGCUCCCCCCUCGCUCACUGGGGACAGUACGGUCCCGAACCCUAUGGCACGGCCUGCUGUAUCGACUGGGCCUGGUCCAGUCAUGACUCCAUCGCCCGCUCCUACAUAACUGUGCUCUUCAUCGCCUGCUACCUGCUGCCUUGUGGCAUUAUUAUUGUCUCCUACACACGCAUACUGCUCACAGUCCGAGAGUCCCGCAGAGCAGUAGAGCAACACAUCUCAGCAAAGACACGCAUGGGCAACAUCCAGACCAUCAUAGUGAAGCUCAGUGUGGCGGUGUGUAUAGGCUUCUUCACUGCAUGGAGUCCGUAUGCACUGGUGUCUAUGUGGGCGGCAUUUGGCCAUUUCGAGGACAUCUCACCUCUGGCCUUUGCUGUACCUGCCAUGUUUGCCAAAUCCUCCACCCUUUAUAACCCCCUCAUCUACCUCUUACUUAAACCCAAUUUCCGCCACCUCCUCUGCAAAGAAAUGCACUCCCUGCGUGGGGUUUGCGUGCACCACUGCCUGUGUAAAUGUUUUUCAUGCUGCAGUCUGCGGCCCCAGUGGCGACAAAGCCAGCCCAUCUCCGAGUCUAUGGGGGGACCCGUAGGCCCAUGUCACUGCGCUUGUGAGAGGUGCAAUGACCCGUUCGAGCAGUUUAAGCACUAUCCACGCCACUGUCUGGUCAAAGUAAACACUGUGCAGUUGUCUCUUCAGGACAGCUCUGAGCCAGAAUUGGAGCCCAAGCUAGAACGAGGACCCAGAGUGGUUAAAGAACGGAGACCAAAUAAGUCUGUGCGAGUGAUCGUUAGGGGGCGGAAAUGCUCAGAGACUGACAGUCUGGAGAUCACCUUGGAAAUGGUGCCUGCACACAGCAAAGCUGCCAAAAACAGCAAACCAUAA